UAGCGCUCCCGCAGACCUGGCCGCCGCUUACCGAACAUCCGCCUCUGCCGCGUGUUCCCAUCGCCGCGGUGCCUUCAUCCCUCUCGUCCACCACGACUUCAAUGGCCUCUGCUCACACGCUAACAGCGCCGACCUCUCCCCCGACCAUGUCGCCCAGAAUCCUAGGAUUGGGGAUUCCGGCGAGGUGGAGAGCGGGCAGGGCCGUCGUUAGCCGAGGCUCUCCCCGUCAUCACCCCGUUUGUGCGCGCACUUGCAGCAGCUCCCCUGCCCCAGAUUUCUUCCCUCCCUCCCUCCCUCUGCAAUUUUCAAUUUCUCAGGUUCUCUCCUUUUGCUGUAGUUUUGGAUAGGAAUGUGCAAUAUUGAUGAUCUCAGGCACAACCUCACUAACGACAUUCCUGGAGGCUGAAGCUCUGGCGGCUGAUUCAGGGCGCACAUAUCAUCCUCGGGCCAGGACCAAUAUUAUGGCUGGAUUGCUGACGCUGGUAAACGAAUGGCUGAUCCGGGGGUUGGUCCUUUCGAGCUUUGUGGCAUACCUUGUCCUGAUCCACUUUGCGGGAGUUCGACGGCGUAGAGCAUCUGGCUGGCGGAUGCUCCUCCUAUGGCCUGCGUACCAGGUUGCCAGCUUGGCUACGACCAAGGCACUAGCUAACUUGUUCCUUGGCAGCGCGUCUCAAGAGCUGCAGCUUGUGGCGUUCUGGACGCCUUUCCUCCUAAUGCACCUUGGCAGACCAGACAACAUCAGUGCCUUUUCUAUCGAGGACAAUGUGCUUGCAGCGCGCCAAGUGCUAGAAGUCUCUUUACAGGUCGUAUCGGUCAUCUUUGUCCUAUACAAGCAUAUUGUUGUUGGUGGCAAUGCAGGGACCUUGCUGCCGGCGUCCUUCAUCAUGUUCUCCCUGGGCAUUGCCAAGUAUAUAGAGGGCACAGUGGCGCUAUGGCGGGGCGGCUUGGGAAAUAUCCGGAGCUCACUCAAGGAGCUGGAGCCAAUGGGCCUCAGUUCUUACUUGAUGAGUCGAGUUCGAGGGGAGGAGCUGGAUAACGAGCAAGCCCUGCUGGCCGCUCAUGGUCUAUUUUACGUCAGUAAGGGAGAAUUCACUGAUUAUCCGUUUGGCAAGAAUCCGCUCAGGCGCGACCUUACACGCGAAAAAGAAUUCUCUGGUGGAUGGAAGGGCGUGUGCAAGAUGGUGGAGAUGGAGCUUUCCCUCAUGUACGACAUCAUGUACACCAAGGCAGCAGUUGUCCAUACCUGGCCAGGUUACGGCCUCCGUGUCAUUUCGCCGCCCUGCACCGCAACCGCGUUUGCGCUCUUCUGGCUACACAGCAAAGAAGGCCAGAGGAGCGCAGAUGUCGUAAUCACUUACAUCUUGCUGGUUGCAACCUUCAUCCUGGAUGUAAGAUGGCUGCUCGGAGCACUAGGGUCCACGUGGACAUAUGCCUUCAUCAACAACAGGUAUUGGCUCAAGAACUUUGUGGAGACAUGGAAGGGGCUCCGUCUCUUCCUCGUGUUUCUAGCCCCGUCACGGCUCUUCAUCAAGGAGCCAACGAGUUACAGGAGGUGGUCGGGAGCCAUCGGGAGGUACAACCUGUUACACGAGUGCACUCGUGAAACCACCAGCCUACUCAGCAGACUGGUUAAGAAUUUUGCAUCUACAGGCGUUUGGAUGGAAUACCAGUAUGGGUACUUGGAUGGCCUUGAAAUCUCACCAUUCAUCAGGGACUUGUUGUUUAAAAAAGUUUGGGAAAAGCUGAAGUCAUCAUAUGAACUAGACAAACCACCACCACCACCAGAGGCUGCACCACCGAAGCCGGAUGCUCAGCCGCCGCCAAAGCCAAAGCCACCGGUGCCAGAAGCAGUGCACGAUCCAAGAGGUGCUUUGGCUAAUCGUAGGAAACUAGACGAAGCUCUUGGGAUCGGCCCUGAAUUCCAAGAGGUCGUCCUCACAUGGCACAUCGCCACGGAGGUUUUUCUCUUGCGCAGGCCAAGAGAAGGAGUAUCGUUCAAUUACGAGUACGUCAAGGCAAUAAAAGAGCUGUCAAGUUAUAUGAUGUUCAUUGUGGCUGUACGCCCCCACAUGCUACCAGGCCUUAAGCUCUCCAGCCUGCAUGAAGUAACCCGCGAGGAUUUGGAAGUUCUUUGGCAUCGCAAUAAAAACAUGCAUUGUUCUACAGAUAGAGAUGACGAGCUGGCGAGCAUCCUGCAACGCCAAGAGGAGAUUGCGCCAGGCACAGACAGUGAGCCUGGUAGUACAAGUAGUAGAAGCAAGCUGUACAACAAGAGUCUUAUUCUCUCUGAUGGAAUUCAGUACGCCAGGCUCAUGCUAGAACGGAUCAGGCCAUCGAAUUGCCCCGAGAAGAGGGGACCCCCCAAAGAUAUGCGUAUGCAUCAUAUGCUGCGGGACGUUUGGCGUGAACAAGUAUUGGAUCUGCAGAUAAUGUUGGAGCGCAUCCUUGAUGCCUGGGUGAAGUUGCUCAUCUAUGCGUCCAUCCGAUGCAGCCGGGAUUCCCAUGCCAAGCAGCUCGCAAUGGGAGGUGAGCUCACCACCAUCGUCUGGAUCCUUGAUGCACACGCCAGGAUAGAUGGCGAAAAGGGUGCACCUGACCAGUUUGCUCUGCUGCAUACUCAUAUCUAGUUAUCGAUCGUUUCUUGUUCUUCCUUGACUAUUUUUUCUUCCCAUUCCACCUUUAUAAUCGAUUUGCUCUGCUUUUUGUGCCGCUAGACAUUGUUUGUCUAGACUCUAGAAUAAGACUCGAUUAUUUCUCUCUAUGCUAUUUAUAUGCUAGCAUCCAGUUACACGCUUUUA